UUGCUAAUGACAUUUGCAGCUAAUGACCGGCGGCGAAUAAUUUUUAUCUCCGGUGUAGUCGUCCGGCAGAUUCGCUUACAUUACUCUCGUCGUCCUUUCCUUCCUUCCUUGAGGAGUGGGAAAUUAUAAGUUGAAAGAAACGAACCCUUCAGAAUAUAAUCCUGAAUUCGACGUCAAUUUCUUCUAUAUAAGAAGAACGAGAGAAGCAGAAACACCGCAUUCGUUUCUACCGAUUUCUACGAUCCACUCAAUGUUCAACUCCGGCAAUAACAGUCCUGAUGGAAUCCCUCGCUCCGGCGGAGGCACUGCUGGAGAAUUCUUUUGGGCGGUUGUCGCUGCUCCUCAGAAUAGAACAGCUGUAGCCGUGACUACCUUGGCUGGAAUUGCUGUUUUCGCCGCCAUAUUCUUCAAGAGUAUUAGGGGUGGUAAGUCACCAUGGUCUCAUAGAAGAAGGCAACAAACCCUAACUCUUCAACAAUGGAGAAGAUUGUUUACACCAGAUGGGAGAUUCUGUGAUGGUGAUGGUGGAAUUCAGUUUUUAAAAAUUGUUAGGAGUGGAGGUGUGGAUCCAAGUAUUAGACCAGAGGUUUGGCCAUUCCUCCUUGGAGUCUAUGACUUGAACAGUUCAAAAGAAGAAAGGGAUGAUAUAAAAAAUCAGAACAGGAAGAAAUAUGAGGAACUCCGUAGACAGUGCCUGCAGCUUCUCAGCUCCAGCAAUGAGAGCUUGAAGCCAGAGGAGAGUGGUGAAACAGUCGGUAAAGGGGACAGUAGGGCUCUUGUACAAGACUCUGAAUCACCAGAUUCAGACUCCUCUGUAGACCCUCAAUCUGUCAUUCAGGCUUCCCCUUCUUCAGAAGGCCAAGAAAAAAAUCAGCCUUCCGAGGAGAAGAGGACUGAACUCCAACCCAAACAACCUGCGACUGAGGAUUUUGCAACAUGGCAGCGGAUCAUACGUGUUGAUGCAGUGCGUGCAAAUGCAGAAUGGAUACCUUUUUCCCCAUCUCAGGCUUCAGUGUCAGAGGAUAGAGCACGCGGUUAUGCAGAGGCUGUUGGAUUAAAGGACUACGAUCAUCUAGAACCUUGCAGGAUUUUCCAUGCUGCCCGAUUGGUUGCUAUUCUUGAAGCCUAUGCAAUCUAUGACCCUGAAAUUGGUUAUUGCCAGGGCAUGAGUGAUCUUCUUUCUCCAAUUAUUACUGUCAUUACAAAAGAUGCUGAAGCAUUCUGGUGUUUUGUGGGAUUCAUGAAGAAGGCUCGCCAUAAUUUUAGGCUCGAUGAAGUGGGAAUUCAAAGGCAAUUGAAUAUUGUCUCCAGGAUCAUAAAAUGUAAAGACUUGCACCUUUUCAGGCACUUGGAGAAGCUACAGGCUGAGGAUUGUUUUUUUGUUUAUAGGAUGGUGGUGGUGAUGUUCCGUAGGGAGUUAACUUUUGAACAGACAAUGCGUCUCUGGGAAGUGAUGUGGGCAGAUCAGGCAGCCAUAAGGGCUGGCAUUAGCAAGUCAGCUUGGAGCAUGAUAAGGCAGCGAGUGCCACCAACAGAAGAUCUAUUGCUUUAUGCUAUUGCGGCUUCAGUUUUGCAGAGGAGGAAAUUGAUUAUAGAGAGGUACAACAGCAUGGAUGAGAUCUUAAGGGAGUGCAAUAGCAUGGCUGGGCAACUAGAUGUAUGGAAACUGUUGGAUGAUGCACAUGAAUUGGUCAUGAACCUGCAUGACAAGAUAGAGACAGCUCUCUGAUAGCUGCUUCCGCUUGCUAAUUUAUGUGCUUAAACUCGUUAUUAUGCGGGGUAGUUUAGUCUGGUUAUGCUCUGCUUCACACAAGCAAUCAUCUGCUAUGAAUUCUCAGAUAAGCUGCUUGUUUGUCAAAUGACUUGAGGGGGUUUAUUAGAUAUCACCAUAUUGUUCUAGCACAUACUGGAACGCAGCAGCCUCUGGAGUCACAGCCAUAGCACGUCAAACAGGUAAGGCCUGUUGCAUCAUGAACUGACUUUAUCUCGGUGGACGAGGUUCAAUAUCAAUAAUAUGAUUCUCAAUUUAUUUAUCUUCAACUAUAAGUUAUAAGUACUGGAUUCUGAUGGUGGGAUAUAUUUGGUUGAAGCAAAGCCUAGCCUGCAGGUUCUGAGCAGUUGAACUGUAACUGCCUUGAAUAAUGUAAUGAUCCAGAAUUUCCUUGAACGGUUUUAAUGCUUGUUCGUAUUGUAUCAAUUCUAUUUUUUCUUGUAGUUUCCCUUUGCAGUUAAAUAACAUCAGGAUUUACUGAUC